AUGGGUUCCAAGGCAAGAAAGAAGCAGAUAUGGUGUCCACAGCCAUUGACGCCGCUCAUGGAAGGGCCAGACCCUGAAAUGCAAGAAGAAGGAGGCAAGAAGGAGAGCUCUUGGGAAGUCAUACGUGAAUGGUUUAGGGCACAGAAGGGUGGGCUUCCUAAUCCAGGGACUAAUUUAUCUACCGCAGGAUAUGGAAGUGGUGGUACUAUUCCUACCAAAAGGCAAGACCUAAGGCUGUUGCUUGGUGUGUUAGGCUGUCCCCUUGCUCCAAUUCCCCAAGCCAAUGACCCAAUUGAUCAUCACCUCCUUCACAUCAAGGACAUCCCAUUUGAAACUUCUAUAGCGCAUUACAUUAUACAGCAGUACUUGGCAGCCACAGGGUGCUUGAAGCAACAGAAGUGCAACAAAAACAUGUAUGCAAGUGGGAGUGUGAAGAUGGUUUGUUGUGAAACAGAGGUUUCUGCCGGAAGAAAUGUCAAGACUCUAGGAACAAGAAGUGGGGAAAGUGGGUGCUUUGUUCUUUGGCAAAUGUUGCCUGGCAUGUGGUCUUUGGAAUUGGUGGUUGGGGGCAACAAGGUGGUGGCCGGUAGCGACGGCAAGACGGUUUGGAGGCACACCCCUUGGCUUGGUAUUCAUGCAGCCAAAGGUCCUCAACGUCCUUUGCGUCGCCUCAUACAGGGCCUAGACCCAAAGAGCACAGCAAGCUUGUUUGACAAGGCACAAUGCUUGGGGGAGAAAAGAAUCGGAGAGGAUGAUUGCUUUGUACUAAAAGUUUCCGCCGAUCGAGCGGCUGUGAUGGAGAGAAGUGAGGGUCCAGCAGAGGUGAUCAGGCAUGCAUUGUAUGGCUAUUUUUGCCAAAAGAGUGGCCUCCUCAUAUACUUAGAGGACUCACACCUCACUAGAGUUGAAACCCCAGAAAAUGAAACCGUCUAUUGGGAGACCACCAUAGGAAGCAGCAUUGCAGACUAUAGAGAUGUGGAUGGUGUGCUCAUAGCUCAUCAGGGCCGUUCGAUCGCCACCGUCUUUCGGUGCGGUGAGGUGUCCAUGGAGUACACAAGGACUAGAAUGGAGGAAGCUUGGAGCAUUGAUGACGUUGUGUUUAACGUACCAGGGCUUUCCAUGGACUAUUUCAUUGCUCCUGCGGAUAUAUUGGACAGUACUCUACAAUCACCAUGA